AUGCAGCGCUACCACAGGAAUAAAUCCCUUGGUGAACCCCAUACGAAGCAACUUAAGAUUGCGACGACAGGAUCAAAUUCAAUUUCUGUAGGUCUUAGUCCAUCACAACGUCCCAGUGCGAUGGGCGGGGUCUUCCAUCUGCAGCGGUGUACGCGGUGUGACGAAAAUUUUCGCGUUGAAGCAAGUACGGUGAAGCACAAGUAUACAUGUUGGCGGUGUGGGUGCCCUGUGUGUCGGCAGUGUCGUGUACCACGGCCACAAGCAUCCGAAAUGUGUACAUGCAUCUUAUGUGUGCGCCCUGUAAGUUUUAUUUGGCUCUUCCAGAAGACUUAUCACGGCAUCCAGCUGCUACUGAGUGUCGUGGAGUUCUGCGAUCCGCAGGCGGCGCGCAUCAUGCGUUUUUUUUUCCCCGCUGCCGCCUUUGAAUGCACGACACCGUAUGGGGCCCCUGUGAAACCUCCCGUGAGACAGCAGGAAGCACUAAAUGGAAGACAGUUGAUCGCCAAGGAGCCCGGCGCAAAGGUGGCCACAACGGGCUCGGCGGGGACGCAGCGCCGCGCGUUAGUGACGCAUUCCCCUUCUCGUUUACUACCACAGCGGCGGCAGCAGCAGCCAGGGCAUAAGCUGUCACGAGCAAAGACAGCCUUUAGACGCAAUUCGCUCUCACCACAGGAACAACAACAACAAAAGCUGCACAGGAAUCGUGCACAGACGCCUAAUGACAUGCAUUUAUUAUCCCCACCCAGACCGUUUCCUUUGCUGGAGCACAAGUUGAACAAUGGCAACGCAAGCGACGUUCCCGCUGAAAGGUUGCAAGCACAGGUGACAACAAAGGCGACAGCGCACUGCGACUCACAGGGUCUCAUAACUGCGCCGCACAAACAGGCCGACGAAGACGAUAAUGCGAACAAAUUUUCACGUAUUUAUGCCAUUAAACAAAAUGGAGGCGUCCGAGACAACCUUCCGCGUGUCAGCGACACACAGGUGUCAUCGAUACCCAGCGUGUCGGGGUCGCGGUCAGACAGCCCACCACCGCGGUUCCCAUCGUUUUCCAAAUUUCUAGAUGAGCAGGAGGCGGCACUGUUACUGCACGAUGAGCGCCACCCACAGCCACAGCAAGAGCAAUAUAACGCAGACCGGCAUGUCGGAGUGGGGGCAAAUAACUUGUCCAAUCUUGUCAAGCCGAAGGCCAGGGAGCUGGAGGUUGUAGAGUUGGGUGCCCGUCCAGCAGCGCGUCUCUCCACCUGGACUGCCUCACCAAACCCCGUUACACCACGUCCCACAAAGAACGGUGGGGUCACAGGUUCAGGCGAGUCUAACAGUAGGAGGAGGCGCAUUUUUAAUCCGCCACCGCGGCUACGCGUCACAUCUACGAAUGCACCACUUUCCAUUUCGCAAAGGGUGUCAGUCGGAGACAAUAGAAGACGCACUACACCCACAACGAUGACAACAACGACAAAGGCGACCACACCGACAGCAGCGAGGAGUCAUCUUGUGACUGCUGCCAACCACAUCAAUUAUUCUUCGCAUCCUACACCACCUCAUCCACGGUCGAAAGCUACCCCGGUCGGCGGAAGCAGUAAUAAUGUUCGUCCUAUAAGCAAUUUUAUUCAACUGCAUACCUCGCGAGGUUUAAUGACACGCUCAACUAUUCCCACACGGGUUACUACUCCACGUCCAUUCGCAUCUGGGUCAUUGGCCUCCGGAGUAGGCGUAUUGGCCACUGGUAAGAAUGAAAGUGCGGCAUCCCUCGCUCGGCGUGGCACACAAAGUUGUCAGGGGAAGCUCACGACUCGCAACCCCACCGCGAAUAAUCGUCUGUUAGAGCGGAAUGAUUCGCGUGUCACAAGUCCGCGAUUUGCACGCAAAUCAACAUCACGUACCUUAUUGACAGAGAGGGGUGUCCCUCCCACCUUUCGUACACCCCUGGCUUCCCGAGAAGCAACGCGAUUGAUGCCAACUUCUUCACUGACAGCGCGUUUUCCCACAUCAAAGAGGUCACAUGUGUCAGGAAAUACAACUCCGUCAUGUGCACGGGCACCAUUGGUGAGGACAGGCACCGUCUCACACGUGCGGAAUGUGACUCCACGGUGUGCUACGGCUCAUACACCGUUACAGCGAAUUGCGUCGACCCGCCUCUUACCGUCAGGGGACUGUGCACGUCGUUACUUACCGACACAAACAGCUGUUCACCGUGCCGAGCCGCAAGGGUCAGCGCCUUUUCUGAUGGUUCACCUCACACGGCAGCCCAAGUCCACAGUAACGAAUGUAACGGAAACGACACCUGAGCCUGCACGUGUUUCACACCCAAUCAUUAGGGAAGAGUUGAGCCAAGCAUGCUACACCGUCUCCGAAGAAUCAGUAAAGGAGUAA